GUGUGCGGCUCUUGAUCGCUGAAGCUCGGGCUGAAGUUGCGUUGUGUUGUCGCUCUGUCUCACGUCUGAUCCGGGAGUAAAACCGUGACAGCUCCUGCCCCGCGCCCCGGGACCCCGACCGAACCCUCCCCCCGCCGGGACAUGCCCGUUUCCCCGCCGCCGCGCUACUUUCCGAGGCCCGGGCCACACUGUUGAGCUAAAACCGCAAACGGCUGCCAUGUCGCGGGGAGAAAUUCCGUGUUGCGCGGCCUCGCCUGAGCUCCUCGCGUCUACGCACUGAAUUUUUGGGGACGAGAACCGAGACGAGGCGCCUCUUUCCCGGCUGUCCAUGCGCUAACCGCCCCCCGGGGGAACCGCAGCGUACACCGAGCCCUGCCUGCCGCUAGCCCCGACUCAUGGCGGACAGCUUCGGAGAAGAGUCCAGCGGCGGUGCCCUUGGCUUAGGCGUCACCGGGCAAGGCAACGGGGCCCCUGCGCUGCCCGCUCUCACCAGCUCCGGACACCUCCUCUCCCCCGGCGGCGGCGGCGGUGCUCCCUCCGGCUCCGGGCCCGUGUCCCCCGCUCACAGUGGCCUGACCGCGGUGGUGACUCCCCUGGCGCCCGUCACCGGCUCCCUGAGCCCCGGGUCGACGCCGCCGGUGGUGGCCGUGUCUCCCGUGGUGCACACCCCGUCGCCGCUGGCCGGGGUCGGACUCGGGGUCGGCGGGGUGGCGGGGGUCGCGGGGGCCGGGCUCCUGUCCCAGAUCCACGCCACGUCCUGGGACCCGACCAUGAGCACGGACUGGGACAACGAGAAGGCGUCCCAGCAGUGCAUACUCAGGAUAAAGAGGGAUAUCAUGUCCAUCUACAAGGAGCCGCCUCCGGGCAUGUUCGUGGUCCCUGAUCCUCAAGAUAUGACCAAGAUCCACGCUCUGAUCACGGGUCCGUUCGACACCCCGUACGAGGGCGGCUUCUUCCUCUUCCUGUUCCGCUGCCCGCCGGACUACCCCAUCCACCCGCCCCGCGUCAAGCUCAUCACCACGGGACACAACACGGUGCGCUUCAACCCCAACUUCUACAGGAACGGGAAAGUCUGCCUCAGCAUCCUGGGCACGUGGACGGGUCCGGCCUGGAGUCCAGCUCAGAGCAUCUCCUCCGUGCUCAUCUCCAUCCAGUCCCUGAUGACGGAGAACCCCUACCACAACGAGCCCGGCUUUGAGCAGGAGCGCCACCCGGGGGACAGCAAGAACUACAACGAAUGUAUCCGGCACGAGACCAUGAGAGUGGCCGUGUGCGACAUGCUGGAGGGGAAAGUGCCCUGUCCCGACGCCCUCUGGAGCGUGAUGGAGAAGUCCUUCCUGGAGUACUACGACUUCUACGAGAGCGUGUGCAAAGAGCGGCUGCACCUACAGGGACAGAACAUGCAGGACCCGUUCGGGGAGAAGCGCGGCCGUUUCGACUACCAGGGCCUGCUGUCCCGCCUGGGCGCCACCCACCGCCGCGUCAGGGACAAGAUGCUGUCGGAGGAGGUGCCCAACGACGACGACUCGGACUCUGACAGCACGUCCAGCGGCACGGACCCAGACAGCCAGGGCAGCACCCAGCCCUGAGCCUGUCCCCGAGCCCCCCGAGACAGGGGCCGCACCUGACACCCACACGCCCAGGGACUUGAACGCAGGGACCCGGGACCUGCCUGGGACCUGCCUGGGACGUGGCGCCGGGUGAACUUGUGUUUUUUUUGUGUGGCAAACCAGCUGUACUUCGGUGUUCAGACGAGACUGAGAAACCAGAGAUUUCUACACGAAUUAAAACGACUUGAAUUCAUAAAAGUUUCCUUAAUUCGAGAAGUUUUAGCUUUUUUAUUUCGUUACGAUUUGUAGACUUUUUUGAUUACUUUCAACUUACUGGUUCCAACGUUUUAUUCCCUGUUUUUGUUUCAAGGUAAAUAAUCUGUUCAUGGGUUAAGUUAACACUGAUCGUUUUGUUUUUUUUCUUUGAAGCUUGAAAAAAUCUGUUCAAAUCAGUCAACUGAAAAUAGUAAAAGGCGAGUAAUAGUUUAUUUGAUUAUUAAAGUUUUGACAAGAAAAUGUCAUUAGAAUUUUAUUGACCAAAGCGUUUAAAAAAAAAAAAAAAAGUGCUGUAUUUUUCGGAUUAUAAAGCAGAUUAAGUGAAACAAACGGACGACACUUGAGAUUUUCUACGAGGACGACUCAAAUAUACACUGAGUAAUAAUGUGUUUAAUGCAUCUUUGACACAUUUGUUUACGUUUUACAGAAAAAAAAAACUUAAAACCACAUGACUCAUUUGCAUAAACUAUAAGCUCUGAAAAAAACAACAACAGUUCUUUCCUUGUGUCGCUGAUGUGGUUCAGCUUCUGUCGGACUAAAGGACAUGACUCAGUGGAAUUAUAUGUGUGCUUUCUGGUUUAGACCUGGUUUAGACCUGAAAUAGACCUGAUUAUAGUCCUGGUUUAGUCCUGGUUUAGACCUGAUACAUUUCUAUUUUAUCCCAAGUUGAGUCCUGGUUUAGACAUUAAAUAGACCUAAUUUAGUCCUGGUUCAGUCCUGGUUUAGACCUGGUUUAGUCCUGGUUUAGCCCAAAUUUAGACUGAGGUUAGACUUGGGUUAGACCUGGUUUAGACCUGGUUUAGACCUGAAAUAAACCUUAUAUCGUCCUGGUUUAGUCCUGGUUUAGACCUGGUUUAGUCCUGGUUUAGACCUGGGUUAGACCUGGGUUAGACCUGGUUUAGACUUGGUUUAGACCUGAAAUAGACCUUUUAGACCUGCUUUAGACCUGAUAUAGUCCUGGUUCAGACCUGGGUUAGACCUUGUUUAGUCCUGCUUUAGACCUGCUUUAGACCUGAUAUAGUCCUGGUUCAGACCUGGGUUAGACCUUGUUUAGUCCUGGUUUAGACCUAGUUUAGAGGUGAAAUAGACCUGAACUUGUCCUUGUUUAAACGUAAUAUAGUUCUGUUUUAUCCCAAGUUUAGUCCUGGUUUAGCCCUAGUUUUGACCUGGUUUAGACCUGAUAUAGUCCUGGGUUAGAGCUGAAAUAGACUUAGUUUGGUCCUGGUUUAGACCUGGUUUAACCCUGUCGGACAAAAGAACACGACUCAGUGGAACAUGAGUGUUCUUUCUGCGACAAGGCAGCAGCCGUAAUUCUCCGACAUUCCAUCAAGCAGAGCGGCUUCGUAGUUUACCAAAGUCGUACUAAAACAUUUUGACAGAUUUUUUUGAGCGCCGUGUUCCACAGAAAAUCAGUUUGAGGUCAGUAACACAACCAGAAUUAAAACAUAAGAGUUGAUUUUUGAGUGCCGUUAUAGUCCGAAAAAUAUGGUAGUUUAUUUGAUCAUUAAAGUUUGACGAGAAAAAAAAAGUAUUAAAACUUGAGACAUACUAAGUUUCGUUAAAAUGACUCCGAUUAAGAACAACAUUUUGAAUUCAAGUCUUUUAAACUGG